AAAUUUAGUUUCCAAGGCAAUGGUUCUUUUUCUCCACCUAUGCUAAUAUCUGCCUUGCAAGCUCAAAAAUAUCUUAUAAAUGGGUGCCAAGGCUUCCUGGUUUCUGUCACUGGUGCUAGUAGUGUGACAUCGAGACUAGAAGAUAUACCUGUGGUGUGUGAGUUUUUGGAUGUAUUUCUAGAGGAUCUCCUAGGUUUUUCUCCAGAUAAGGAGAUCGAAUUUGCUAUUGAUCUUGUUCCUGGCAUUAAACCUAUUUCCAAAGCCUUAUACCGCAUAGCUCCUGUAGAAUUGAAGGAGUUAAAGAAGGAUGAGAGCAUGACAUUGUACAUUGAUUACCAAGAGCUGAAUAAGGUGACUAUGAAGAAUCGAUAUCCGCUUCCUAGAAUUGAUGACUUGUUUGAUCAGCUCAAGGGUGCUCAAGUAUUUUCUAAGAUUGAUCUUCGAUCUGGCUACCACCAGUUGAAGAUUAAGCCAGAUGAUGUCCCAAAGAUUGCCUUCCGUACUUGCUAUGUCCACUAUGAAUUGCUAGUUAUGCCUUUUGGCUUAACAAAUGCUCCUAUAGGAUUUAUAGAUUUGAUGAAUCGAGUAUUCAGCAAGUACUUGGACAAGUUUGUGGUUGUCUUCAUUGAUGACAUUUUAAUCUACUCUUCUAGCCAUGCUCUUCAUGAAGAACACUUAAGGACAGUUCUUGAGACAUUGAGAAGAGAAAGGUUGUUUGCUAAAUUUAAGAAGUGUGAAUUUUGGGUAGAUAGUGUUGCAUUCUUAGGUCACGUUGUGAGUAAGGAUGGAAUUUCUAUUGACCCGAAAAAGAUUGAGGUCGUAGUUGAUUGGAAAAGGUUGUGUGUGCCAAGAGAUCAUGCCUUAAGGCGUGAGAUCAUGGAGGAUGCCCAUAAUACUAGCUACACAGUUCACCUAGUUAAGGCUAAACACCAAAGACUUCUUGAGAAACUGCAACCUUUUCCUAUUCCCCAAUGGAAGUGGGAGAACAUUACCAUGGAUUGUGAUAGCACAUCCAUUAAGAAGCUUGCUAAUAUGUACGUGAAUGAGAUAGUCAGACUUCAUGGAGUCCCUAUGUCCAUUGUAUCUGAUAGAGACACGAGAUUCUUGUCUCAUUUUUGGACAAGCUUGCAACAAGCACUUGGCACUCAUUUAAAUUUCAACAUUGCUUUUCAUCCUCAAACUGACGAGCAGGUUAAGAGGACUAUCCAAAUACUUGAGAACAUGUUGAGGGCUUCUGUUCUUGAUUGGAAGGGUUCAUGGGAUCAACACUUAUCUAUCGCUAAAUUUGCAUAUAAUAAUAGCUACCAGUCCAACAUCCAUAUGGCACUAUUUGAGGCUUUGUAUGGCUAAAGGUGUAGAUCACCUAUCUGCUAGACGAAGGUGGGUGAGAAAAACAUUCUAGACCCAAAAUUGGUGCAAUAGUCUUCUGAGAUUAUGCAAUUGAUGAAGGAACAUCUCAAUGCUGCGCAGAGUAAAUAGAAAAGUUAUGC